AUGGAUCAGGGGUGGAACAACAGGAGGCCCAGGUGCCCUGCCAACCUACAUGACCAAAAGAAGGUGCUUCAGAAAGACUUCGAGGACCUCAAAGUGGCUUACAUUAUCAGCCAAGAAAAGUUCUCAGCAGACUUCCAGGUUGAAAAAAAUAAAAGUGGAGCUCUUCAGCAAGAACUUGAGCAGCUGAAAGCUUCACAUCAGAUCAACCCGAGCUUUAAAACUGAGCUGAAAGGUGAGAAAGAAAAGGGCGACAGCCGUCAGAAACAGCUGGAGAAAAAGAUUCACUCCCAAGCUGAAAAUGUUUCAGAGUACCUGGAGGCCAUAAAGCAGCUGAUGGUUGAAAAGGAUGCUCUGGUCCAUCAGAUGGAGGUAGAGAUUCAGACCCUGAAAAAAGACGCCUCUGAGCAAGAGAGGUUUUUCAAAAAGCAGGAGGACCUGAUGUCUGUAAAGGAUGCUUUGGUCCAUCAGAUGGAGGAGAUUCAGAGCCUGAAGAAAGACGCCUCUGAGAGAGAGAAGUCGUUUGUCAAAGAGUUGGAGGACCUGAAGUCUGUGAAGAACACUCUGGUCCAUCAGAUGGAGGAAGAGAUCCAGACCUUGAAGGAAAACGCCUCUGAGAAAGAGAGGUUGUUCAAAGAGCAGGAAGACCUGAUGUCUGUGAAGGGCACUGUGGUUCAUCAGAUGGAGGAGAAGAUUCAGACCCUGAAGGAAAACGCCUCAUGUUCAAAGAAGGUGCUUCAGAAAGACUUCGAGGACCUCAAAGUGGCUUACAUUAUCAGCCAAGAAAAGUUCUCAGCAGACUUCCAGGUUGAAAAAAAUAAAAGUGGAGCUCUUCAGCAAGAACUUGAGCAGCUGAAAGCUUCACAUCAGAUCAACCCGAGCUUUAAAACUGAGCUGAAAGGUGAGAAAGAAAAGGGCGACAGCCGUCAGAAACAGCUGGAGAAAAAGAUUCACUCCCAAGCUGAAAAUGUUUCAGAGUACCUGGAGGCCAUAAAGCAGCUGAUGGUUGAAAAGGAUGCUCUGGUCCAUCAGAUGGAGGUAGAGAUUCAGACCCUGAAAAAAGACGCCUCUGAGCAAGAGAGGUUUUUCAAAAAGCAGGAGGACCUGAUGUCUGUAAAGGAUGCUUUGGUCCAUCAGAUGGAGGAGAUUCAGAGCCUGAAGAAAGACGCCUCUGAGAGAGAGAAGUCGUUUGUCAAAGAGUUGGAGGACCUGAAGUCUGUGAAGAACACUCUGGUCCAUCAGAUGGAGGAAGAGAUCCAGACCUUGAAGGAAAACGCCUCUGAGAAAGAGAGGUUGUUCAAAGAGCAGGAAGACCUGAUGUCUGUGAAGGGCACUGUGGUUCAUCAGAUGGAGGAGAAGAUUCAGACCCUGAAGGAAAACGCCUCUGAGAGAGAGAAGUUUUUUGUCAAAGAAUUGGAGGACCUGAAGUCUGUGAAGGACACUCUGGUCCGUCAGAUGGAGGAGAUUCAGAGCCUGAAGAAAGACGCCUCUGAGAGAGAGAAGUCGUUUGUUGAAGAGUUGGAGGACCUGAAGUCUGUGAAGGACACUGUGGUUCAUCAGAUGGAGGAGGUGAUUCAGAGCCUGAAGAAAGACGCCUCUGAGAAAGAGAAGUCAUUUGUCAAAGAGUUGGAGGACCUGAAAGAAGAACAGGCCUCAACCAAACAGGAUCUGAUCAAUAAGCUCCAGACUGAGGGGGAGAUCAGUCAGACCCUACGAACUGAACUUGCCAAGCUGGAAGAAGAAAAGGACAAGACCAAGGAGCAGAAGAAGGACUCCCCCCAUCAUUUACUGGAUGUUAAGCUGCUGGAAGAGAUCGACCACUCUGAGGAAAAGCUUGAGGAGAAAAAAAAAGAAACCUUCAGCUUGGAAAACAUUCAGACACCACAUUGGUUUUAAGAAAAGGAAGGAGGAGAAGCUGGAGAUGAAGAUAUAAUCCACCUGAGACUCAUACAGACACUGACAUUCAAACCUCUAAAAAGUCAAUAAUGUAACAAAUAAAAAUGUCUGCCUGUU